UUGCCGUUAGACUUGUGUGAUUUAACUUUUUUUUUCUUACAACGAAGGAUAUUUUUUUGGUGAGUAUAGUGUGAUUUUUAUAUGCUUAGUAUAUAUAUUAUCAUAUAAAUUCUAUAUUCGCGUUUGCUUCCACUCAUAGACGUAAACAAUGUCUUCGCGUUACAAUUUGAGGUCUCUCGAAGACGUUUCUCGAAUAAUAACGCAAAGACGAGACGCUGAAUAUGAUGACAUCGAUAGCGAUAAUGAAGAAAAUUAUACGAAUGAGGAAAGUAAUACCGAGUCGGAGUACGAUGCCAGCGAGAUAGAGGAAAUCGAGGACGAUGACCCUGUUGAGUCUGUAGAAGAUCCAGAUGUUCCUCCUCCAUCAAAACGCUUGAGAUCGGGCUCUGGUUUAUCGGCGGAACAGAGCUCAAGUGCGAGCAGUAAACGUGGCCGGAGGAGGAGUAUCGUCUCCGGUAAGAACGGGCAUAAAUGGUUUACCACUCCUCGCGAGCGGGUAACAAACAGAGCACCCUUCGGUUCAUUUAUCCCUGGCCCUGUUGGGAUUGCAAAAGAGGCAAAGACGGCGUAUGAGACGUGGAAUUUGUUUUUCGAUGACGUCAUUCUUUCAAAAAUCUUGCAGCAUACCAACGAGGAAAUUCAUCGUUACACAGAAGAACGGGAAAUCGACUGCACGAAGGAUAUUCUGUACAAGCCCGUUGACAUGAUUGAACUGAAAGCUUUUAUCGGCUUGAUGUACUUUUCUGGUCUCCAAAAAACGAAUAUGACCUCUUCUGAUGAUUUGUGGGAUACGAAGUACGGCUCCAUUUUUUACAAAGCCACAAUGUCACAGAAAAGAUUUUGCACUAUCCUUCGGUUUCUCCGAUACGACGAUAAAGCUACCCGGCCGACUCGUGUCGUAAAUGAUAAAUUCGCAGCCAUACGAGGAAUUUGGGAAAUCUUCAUCGAAAAGUGCAAAACUCUCUACAAUCCGGCGUCAUAUUGCACUAUAGACGAACAACUGUUAUCCUUUCGUGGGCGCUGCCCUUUCAAGGUCUACAACGGAAGCAAACCCGAUAAAUAUGGGAUGAAAAUUGUCAGGCUGAACGACUCAAGGACAUUCUAUAUGGUGAAUGCAAUCCCAUAUGUUGGCAAAGAAAACAUCAAAGUAAAGGAAAUGAACAACAGAAGCGAGAAUGCGAAUACUAGUGUAAAUGCGAGAAAUGUGAUAAAGUGGCAUGCGGAAGUAGAGUGA